AUGGCGAAUGGAGAGAUUGAUGUGGAAGAGCUUAUGCCUUUAAGAAAACGACAGUCUCUUCGUCUCGAGAUAGUUGACGAAUACGUUGACGUUGUGGUGCCGCAAGAACAACAACAAGAAGAAGAACAAGUAGAAGAGCUGCCCGAAAGGUUUAAGAAGAAGAUAAUGGAGAUGGGAGGCACGGAAGAGACGCUAAUAUUCAAAAGGGAAUUGACUAAGACCGAUGUUGAUAAAGGUCAGUCGCAUUUAUCCAUUCCACUGAGUAGCCUCUUGAGUCUCGAUUUUCUGACGUCUGAUGAGAAGGAAAAGAUAGAAAACCGAAUAAAAGGGGACAGAGAAGGAGGUUUAACCGUGGAAGUGAUCGAUCCGAGGUUAGAAGUAUGGGAGCUGAAGAUGAGAAGAUGUGAUAUGGAGAAGAAGAAGAAGACGAAGAAUGGGAAGAGAGGGAAGACGAGCUCGCUGUAUUUGUUGGCGUAUAAGUGGAACCAUGUGGUCAAAGCUAAUAGUCUUAGAGAAGGUAAUAAGUUGCAGCUUUGGUCCUUUAGGUCACAGCAAAAGCUAUGUCUUGCGCUGGUCUUGCUUCAAGGAGAAGAAAGGUUAUUGGGAAAUUAG